GCCUCUCUCUGGUAUUACAGCGAUUCGUUCGGCGAGGAGCUGUGUGUGUGUGUAUCCGUGCGCCGUGAUGUUCCGCAAGGCUCGGCGAGUGAAUGUGCGAAAGCGCAAUGAUUCGGAGGACGAGGAGCGAGAGACCGGCUCUUCUUUCACGGCGCCCGUCGAACAUUCCGAGCCGAUGUUUUCGGUAGCGCUGCACCCGGUUUCUAUCCCGCUGCUCGGGCCGGACACUGGGCCUCCUCGGUGCAAGAAGGAGGGGAACUCUGUAGUGAGUAAGGGGGGCAGCCUCCUCAGCUUCCAGGAUGAUGAUGACGGCGAGGAAAUCUUUACAGUGAAAAAAUCCAAUUACAGCAAAAAAAUAGCGAAGCUGCUGAAAAAGGAGUAUCAAGAAGAUCUGGAGAAGACCAAGCCGAAGUCAGUUGGCAACAGUUCUGUAGACGGUGAUGGAUUUAUGAACAGAUCCCAGCUUCCGAAGGAUGGAGUUCAACAAGAUGUCAUUGUUGGCAGCGAAUUAGGGGAGGAGGAAAUGGAAGUUGAAAGUGAAAAAGAAGAGGAGAAACCCAAAGCUGGCUCGUUUGCAAAUGCAGUGUCUGCUCUAAAUGUCUUACGCCCAGGUGAGAUUCCAGACGCCGCAUUCAUCCACGCAGCGCGAAAAAAGAGACAGAUGGCUCGGGAACUUGGAGACGCCCCGUCUGUAGAUGGAGAGGUGGGUGGUAAAAGUCGAUUGGUGCGUGAAGAUGAAAACGAUGCAAGCGAUGAUGAAGACGACGAUAAGAGGCGAAUAGUCUUUUCCGUUCGAGAGAAAUCUCAAAGACAGAAAAUAGCAGAGGAAAUUGGAAUUGAAGGAAGUGAUGAUGAGGCUUUAGCAACAGGAGACCAAGAUGAAGAACUCAGCCGAUGGGAGCAGGAACAGAUUCGGAAAGGAAUUAGUAUUCCACAGGUACAAGCACCACAGCCUCCAGAGACAAAUAUGUUCUACCCAACUACUUACCAAGGAAUUCCUUAUGGCACGACAUAUGGCGUUCCCUACAUUUAUGCUGCUUACGGAUCCACUGAGACAAAAUCUCAGAAACCAGAUAAUUCUGUCUCUUUCAAAACUCCCAGUAAUGAGAUGACUCCUGUUACUAUUGAUUUGGUAAAGAAACAGCUUAAAGACAGGUUGGAUGCAAUGAAAGAAGUGCACAAAGCAAACCUUGAACAGUAUGAGAAACAUGUGCAAAGCAGAGAGGACUCCACUAAUUCCAUAAGUCGGUUGGAAGGGUGUUCAGGGGGUAAUGCCGAACGAUACCAGUUUUUGCAAGAAAUGCGAGGGUAUGUCCAAGACUUGCUUGAGUGUUUCCGUGAAAAGGUACCACUGAUAAAUGAGCUUGAAUCUGCAAUGCACCAGCUGUACAAACAGCAAGCCGCCCGCCUUGUCCAAAGACGACAAGAUGAUAUUAAGGAUGAAUCUUCGGAGUUUUCGAGCCAUUCAAGUAAAGCUGUAAUGGCACCAAAUCUGGACCCAUUUGGGCGGGACCGGGCACUUUUCCAGGAACAUGCAAAACAGAGGAGGAUCGCAGAAAGAGAAGCCAGAAGAACGCGCCGCCGACAAGCCAGAGAAGUAACUGGCAAGAUGGCAGAGCACCUUGAAGGUCUGUCCAGUGAUGAUGAAGAAACGUCAACUGAUAUUACAAACUUCAACAUGGAGAAAGAUCGAAUUUUAAAGGAGGCAAACAAGGUGUUUGAGGACACACUGGAAAAUUUCCAUUCCAUAGACUGCAUCAAAGCUCAGUUUGAAACAUGGCGCUCAACCUACUAUAGCACAUACAAAGAUGCAUACAUCGGCCUUUGUCUGCCAAAGUUGCUUAAUCCCCUAGUACGAUUGCAACUUUUAACUUGGAAUCCACUGGAGGCAAACUGUCGCAACUUUGAAAGUUUGAGGUGGUUUGAGUGUCUGCUUUUUUAUGGCUGUGAAGAAAAGGAGUACGACAAGGAGGAUGCAGACAUUGUCCUCUUGCCAUCACUGGUUGAAAAGGUUAUUCUCCCCAGACUUACAGGUAUUGCUGAGAAUGUAUGGGACCCCUUCUCUACGACACAGACCAUCAGGCUUGCAGCGGUUGUUCAGAAGCUCAUGAAUGGAUAUCCUACUGUUUUAAACUCUGAAAAUAAAUAUACAGAGGCAUUUCUCAAGGCACUGCUGAUGAGAAUGAGAAGGACGUUAGACGAUGAUGUCUUCAUGCCAUUAUAUCCUAAAAAUGUCAUUGAAAAUAAGAACUCUGCUCCGUGCAUAUUUUUCCACCGCCAGUUUUGGUCGUCUGUAAAGUUACUAGGGAAUUUUCUAAAGUGGCAUGGAGUGCUCUCCAACAAAGCAUUGCAGGAGUUGUCAGUAGAUGGGCUUCUAAACCGAUACAUCCUGAUGGCAUUUCAGAACACUGAGAAUGGGGAAGAGAGCAUUAAAAAAGCCCAAAGUGUUAUCACAUGUUUUCCAAGGCAAUGGUUCUCCAAUCUUAAAGGAGGUAAAACGAUUCCACAGCUAGAAAACUUUGUUCGAUAUCUCACCCAUUUGGCUGGUACAAUAUACAGAAGCAAUGUUGGCUGCUCAGACAUAGAGAGAAGAAACGCAAGAGAGCAAAUAAAACAGGUUGUAAAACUACUAGCAAGUAUCCGGGCCCUGGAAAGUGCCAUGUCUGUUGCCAACGACUACAAUGUGAAAGACAUGAAAGCACCAACAGAAGGCAAAUAAACAUCUUCGAGAAUGCCCAUUGUACAUGCAUUCCUCUCUUGGUUUUUGUACAUUAUGUAAAGUUUCUUAACCUGUAUAGUGACUUAUUAAUUAUUAUUAUUUUAGUGUAGUAGCACCUUGAUUUUGCCAAGGUCCUGUUUUUAAAAAAAACUAAAAUCUACAAAAAAUAUUCUAUGAUUUCCUAGUGGUUUCAGUUUGUGUUUAUAAGAGACUCUGCAGUUGGUUUCCAAGCCUCAUGCUGUUGUGCCUGUACAGAAGCGAAAGUAGCUAAAUUCCGAAUAUUUAUCUGUUAUGAGAUUAAUUGUAUAUAGUUGUUUGCAUGUGUAAAACUCCUGAAAAUGAAUUACACAGAGCAGCUCCGUAUAGAUUUGCCAAAAUGGUCUUAUCAGAUAGGGGGGGCUAAGAUCUGUGACCAUAUCUCACAAUGUUAAAUAUCCACCGUGUGUGCAGUAAGUAGUGAUUUCUGAACUGAUGCACGGUGAUUUCUAAGGAAAACCAAAGUGAAGUCCAGCUACGGGAUACUUUUUGAACUGCGCACGGCAUGGUGUAGGACUAAAAGGCAUUUUAUGAACGCUAAUCAAUGAAUUUCAAGCAAGAGAAUUGUCUCCUACACUGGAUUCUUAUAUUCAUUAUAACUUCCUGCAAACACUGCAUUUUUUUUCUGUGCGCAAACUGCUGCUCCUUGUUUCCGUCUCUAAGCAGUGCUGUCCGAAUCACAUUGCUGCCUUCUCUCUGGAGCAUCCAUGUUUCAGUUCUGCUUUGUGUGCUGAAGCCAUGGGUUUGAUCAUGGAGAAUGCAUGAGCUUUAACUGGAAAUCUCUUUUAUGAGAUUGUAGGGAGAUAAUAAAGUUUUUAUGUUUUGUGUUUA